AUGAUUUGGUGCGUUCGAGAACGCUACCAGCCAGGGGGCAAAGGGGUGGAAUGGCAUCAAGGCCGUCACCUUUAUGGUUUCCGAAGAAAACCAUCGGUUUCGAUUUUAUCAUCCAAUCAUCUUUGUUUUACUUUUCCCUUGGCUUAUCGAACUUUCACAUCAAUCACUAUGCCCUCUUCCUCGAUUGUGUCUGAAACCCCGUCCCGGCCUACCCGUAUCAGAAACCCUGUCAUCCACCCAGGAAUGGUUUCACCCUCGCCAGAUAGUCGUCGACGAAUCUCAAUCACUUCUGACCACGAAGUUCAACCUCAGAAAUCAACAAAUAAGUCUAAACGCAAAGCGCCAGCUACUGAUCCCAUCGAUGACCCCGACCACGAUCCGGAUCACAAUUCCGACGCCUCUUCGAUUGUGUGUGUUGUCAACCCUGGCCGUUCCACUUCCCGGAAGAAAAACCCUGUAAACAAAUCAAACAAGAAACACGAUCAAGUAAGUGUUUUCAACGUGCCUCCCUAA